AUGGCUCACGGACCCAAAGAGGGUCGCCUUCCCCCAGGUCUCCUGUCGCCCGGGUUUCCGGACAGCAAGCGGCGUUCAAGUAGCAUGGCGAAGUUUGCCCUGCUGAGCUUCGUCGUUGUCCUGUUGAUUUUUCAGUUUGGUUUCCCCUUUGAACUCAUGACAAGCGUGGAUGGCCAAGUCCAUGUUUUGCAACCACCCCAGAAUAAGGGCGCGGGCCCUGUACGCUAUCAAUACAUUCCGAAGAACCCAAAGGUUCCAGCAGGGAAGUCACAGGAACCGUUCAGCCAGGACGACGCAGACGGCAAGACGACCCCUGUCAAAACGCAAGACUCCCAUUCAGCCCCCUUUUCGCCAUCCGCUCUCCAAGACCAGAAAGCCGAGUACCACCACGCAAGCAAGACACAGCCCAACUUCAUACCCUUACACCGGACAAGGCGACGCCCAUCCCUCGACAGAGCGCUCAGCAAAGUCUUAUCCCUGCUCCCCGACGAAGUCCACAUGCGCGAGCUACUCCGCCCCAUCGACAGCGGCGGCAAGGAGCGCAUGCGGGAGUUGGGCCUCCGCACGCGCCUGUACCGGACUUACCUCGACGCAUGGGAGAAGCUGCACCUCGUGCAAGACGAUGCCGACGACGAGACGGGUGGGACGUACGUGCGAAACGACAUAAUCCAGUACCUGCGCGCCUCCUCCCGAGACCAAGACCAAGACGGCGGCAAGAAGAGCGACGACCACCAGGAUCAGGACCUGGCGCAGACGAUCCGCACGUACGAGGCGUUCAGGGCGUUCCUGGCCCGAUUCGCCAACGUCCUGUUUCCCUGGACCGCGCCAUAUUUCGCCGACCACAUGAGCCUGCACGCCCAUUUCAAGUCUGGCGGGAGGGGCAUCGUGCUGACCGCCGGCGACGAUCAGGCGCCGUACUUGCUCACGACCAUCUACUCCUUUCGCGAGCUGGGCUGUCGGCUUCCCAUCGAGAUCAUGUACCUCGGCGACUCGGAUCUGGGCGAAGACUAUCGCAGCGAACUAGAGGUGAAGAAGUCCCCCGACCAAAAACCGCCCCGCGAGAGUGAAGAGUGGAAUGCGAUUAAGCUAACACGUCACGUUUCCCAGGAUCUCCCAGGUGUCGUCACCCGCGACAUGUCGCAAAUGGUCAACGACUCAGGCUCGGCCCCAGCCGGCUGGGCCGCGAAGCCCUACGCGAUCCUCCUGUCCAGUUUCCGGGAGGUCAUCUUCAUCGAUGCCGACUCGCUCUUCUUCCAGAACCCCGAGAUUUUAUUCGAGAGCCCCGACUACAUCGGGACGGGCGCGCUGUUCUUCCGCGACAGGCUGAUCAUGCCGGAAUCGAAGAAGAGGUGGCUGCAGCAGGUCAUGCCGCAGCCGAUCCCGAAGCUUGCGAGGCAGUCGCGGUGGUGGACGGGGGAGUCGGGCCAUAUGCAGGAGAGUGGCGUCGUGGUGGUCGAUAAGUGGAAGCAUUUCGUGGCGUUACUGCUGAUCUGCCGCUUUAACGGAAGCGACCGAGAUACAAGGGACGGCAAGGAAGGCGUUUAUGAGAUGAUGUACGGCGAUAAAGAAACUUUCUGGAUAGGGUUUUUACUGGCAGGUGACGAGUCGUUCGCCUUCCACCAAGGCAAUGCCGGCGCCAUGGGCGUAGUCGAGCCGGCCCGGGCCGCAGACCAGACGCCCGAGACGCCAGCGCCAACCGACGAGGAGGAGAUUCAAACAACGACCACAACAAGCCCACAACAACCAACCUCCACCCGAGAAAGCUACACCAUCUGCGCCCCCCAGCUCCUCCACCUCGACGUGGACAACCGACCACUGUGGUUCAACGGCUGGCUUCUAGACAACAAGUUCGCCGACAAGUCGAGCAGCAAGUUCGCCGCGAUGGAGUCCUAUCUGAUCGAGCCGCGCGAGGUGCGGGAGUCCGAGGCGUGGCAGAUAUCCGAGGGCAAUCUUGCGUGUCUGACGUCGGAUAUGGACAAGAAGUUGGACUUUAGCGACGCCGAGAAAGAGACGCUGGAGAUGAUUGUUGGGCGAGCACGCGUUGUCGGCAAGGUUGACCAGCAAACGGCUUGA